CCUUAGUUCUUCCUAUCUUGUCAGGACGAGAAAGUAAAAUGGAUCAUAUUUAUAAAUGCUGCAGUGUUGAACAUCACUUGGCUCUAGUACUGAUGCUACUAUUACACACUGACACAUCGACAGUAGAAGUCCUCACUUACCAGCACGAGGACCCGCUCACAAGGCAGAUACUCACAUGCACACGCUGCCCCCCUGGAACCCACAUGAGUCAACACUGCACUGCAACUGAGGACACUGUCUGCUCGCCAUGUCCAGAGGACCAUUUCACACAGUUCUGGAACUACUUACCGAAGUGCCUGUAUUGCAGCACUUUCUGCGUAGAAAAUCAGUACAUUGAGAAAGAAUGCUCUACUACUAACAACAGGGUUUGCCAGUGUAAAGAAGGCUAUUUUUGGCAAGCUGACUUCUGCAUCAAGCACGCGGAGUGUCCAUAUGGAUACGGCGUCCAGCAGAAUGGUACCUUACACCGUGAUACAAAAUGUGAGAGGUGUGCGCGAGGCACCUUUUCUGCGGUCACGUCCUCGACAUCGCCUUGCAUAAAACACACUGAGUGCAAAUCGAUGGAUCUUGAUGUGGUACUGAGGGGAACCGGCUGGCAUGAUAACAUAUGCUCAACAUGCGAAAAUCUACAGAAUGCUGGUGGUUUAUCUAUACUGAAAAAGUUCCUGCCAGACUUCUUUGCUCAUGAAAAAAUACGCCAGUCCAAACUGUACAGAUUUAUGAGACAUCAUCUUGGCCAGAAGCUGCAAGGAAAACAUUCCCUCUAUUCAAACCGAUCCCUCUUACUUCUUCCUAUUUCAGAGUGGAUUAGCGGUGCUAGUAUAGACCAGCUCAAGAAAUUACCAAUGCAACUCAGAAGUAGCAACAUCCACAACACUGCAGACAAGCUCUCAAAAAUGUUCAAGGAGUUAGAGGCCUCAAAUUCUAAUUGUAAAAAUGCAACACAUUGA